AAGCGGAACUAAAUUGAUAAUAUUUGAAUCUCUACUUGGACUUACAUAAAGACAAGCAAUACGUACCAAGAAAUCAUCAUAUCCAGUCAAGGAAGGAAAAAAGACACACACAAAUGAUAAUAAAUCAGAAGAUGCGUACCCUAAAUCUCUUGAUACUCAAGAUGCUCUUUAUUUUCUUCUCAACGACAAGAGCUGAAAAUGAUUGUAACCGUGGUGAUGGGACCUCGUGUGAUACUACAGAAUGUGAUAUCAACCCGUGUCAAAAUGGCGCCGCUUGCGUUGACGGAGGCGGUUAUUACACCUGUGAGUGCCCCGUGGGAUGGCAUGGAAUCAAUUGUGAUGAGUCAACUGCUCAGAAUUGCGGCUACAAUAUUUACGAAGCCACUGGCGAAAUUACAAGUCCGAACUAUCCAAAUGCCUACGACGAUCGGCUUUACUGUGUCUACCUAGUGCGUGUACAUAAAGCGCGCAGCAUGAUGUCUCUUCAAAGACGUUCUAGAGUAUGGCGUUGGUCCUAUUGCAGAUUUCAACCUUAA